AUGUCGCGUACAACUGUUGAACCUCCCAACAUAUUAAGUCACGAAAUACGCAUACCUAACCAAUAUGGUACCAUACACGCUUUAACCGUAAGAGGUUCAACCAUCGUUAUCGGUACCUCUAAUUAUGCCAUCAAAUCAUUUCAGAUUCACGAACAAGGGGACGCUUUAUUUAAUCAUACCACCAUUUCCAACAACAGCAUCAACAGCAGUAAUAGCAGCAGCAAUAACAAUAACAAUAACAGUAGCAGCAGCAGCAGUAGUAGUAGUAGUAGUAGUAGUAGCAGCAGUAGCAGUAGCAGUAGCAGCACUAACAGCAAUAACGAGACUUCUUCUGACAUAAUUCGAUCUGUAUGCUUUUCUCCUGCCAUCCAUCCCAACGAUGAUAAUAAGAUUGUGUGGGCGGGCACAGAAACGGGCUCUAUAUUAGCGAUUGAUAUCGAAACGAAUAAGGUACUAGUGAAACGGAUGGCAACGCAUAGCCAUCCCAUCACGUUUAUACUUCGACAUCGUAAUACUGAAUUAUGGACGAUUGAUGCUGGAGGUAAUUUGAAUAUCUGGCCUGUAUUUCCCAAUAAAUCGAAUGCGAGUUCGACGACGAUCAACCUAUUGAACACGAUGCCAACGCGGUAUCUAUUGGCGCCCAACUUAAAAACCGCCAUUUUGGCGAUUAAGAAAUCGGUGCUUUGGUGUUCUGCAGGACGAUCUAUUCUCAAGUUGGAUCGAUCAGAAAAUGUGUCGAUACCCCUGAUACAUAUCUCGUCUGAUCUCGGAGAUAUUAUUCGAUUGGUCCUCAUUCCUUUUCAUCAACACCAGAUUUAUGCCUUGCAUUCGGAUGGGAAAAUUACUGCGUGGGAUCUGGUCUCGUGUCAACGUGUCAAGUCUAUCGUCAUUUCUUCCGUUGAUAAACUGACUUGUUUGGCUACCGUGGGGGAGUAUUAUUUAUGGGUGGGAUAUAAUAAUGGUACUAUUGCUAUUUAUGAUACGAGAGUGGACCCUUGGAUUGCUCUUAAAAUAUGGAAAGCACAUCGAAACCCCGUUACUAAACUACAAGUUGAUGAUUUCUCCAUGGCUGAAACAGUGGCCGUGGUAAGUAUGGAUUCUGCGGGACAUUUGGCUAUCUGGGAUGGUCUCUUGACCGAUGACUGGUUUGAGGAACAAAUGUUGGCCAAUGUAGCAGAAUAUUCAGAUUCCAAUGAAACAAAUUUAAUGAUUUGUUCCUGGAAUAUGGGUGCAAUUAAACCCGAAGCUCUAUCCGACGUAGACAAGGAAAAGAUCCAUGAAUGGUUAAACGGUAUGACUGACCCAGAUAUAAUCAUGAUUGGAAUACAAGAAAUAGUUGAUCUCGGUUCCAAGACAAUUACCGCGAAAUCGUUAUUAAACCUGAGUAAAAAGAUUGAUACGAUACAAGAAGCCGAUGAAUUGUUAACUCACCGAUACAUGUUAUGGCAUGAUUAUUUUAUCACGAUUAUCUCUACUAACUUUGGUAAAGGGAAAUACGAGAUUAUCAAGACAGAUCAAAUGGUAGGCCUCUUCAGUUGUAUCUUCUUAAAGACCGAUCAUCUCAAGCGUGUGCGUCAAUGUGAUUCCACCGUUGUCAAGACAGGAUUUCGUGUGAUGACGAAAGGAUUGCACGGAAAUAAAGGCGGGAUUGCCACUCGGUUAAUUUUGGACGAUACGUCGCUAUGCUUUGUCAAUUGUCAUUUAGCCUCGGGUCAAUCGCAUGUACUGCAACGUAAUCUUGAUAUCGAAGGUAUAAUUACCUCUGCACGCUUCCCCGCUCUUCACGAUGGUGGUGAUGAGGAAAAUAAUGUAUUCACUCGUGAAACGGAUGGCACCGGUAUCUUGGACCAUGAAACUUGCUUCCUAAGUGGGGAUUUAAACUAUCGUAUUGCCAUGUCGCGAGAACAGGUACUGGGCUUAUUAUCCGAAAACAGCAACAACAGGUUUGAAGCCUGGGAGACGCUACAGCGAGAAGAUCAGUUAAAACAACAACAGGUGCUGAAUCCCAUGUUUCGAUUGUUCAACUUUAAGGAGGCACCCAUCUUAUUUGACCCGACGUACAAGUACGAUCCUACUUCAGAUAUGUAUGACAGUUCAGAAAAGAAGCGAAUACCUGCCUGGUGUGAUCGUGUGCUGUAUCGAGCACCAAGUGCUUUAACCAAUGUUUAUUACCGUCGUCACGAAGUAAAAGCAUCCGAUCAUCGACCGAUCAGUGCAGGAUUUACGGUGCCUGUUAAAACCAUCCUUCCAGAGAAGAGACAACGUGUAAAGGCACGCAUUCUUUUUGAAUGGCAAACCAAUAUGGUUCGACUCUUGAAAGAGAACAAGGUGCGUUAUGUCAUUCAUUACGACCUGUGUGAUGAAAAUGAGGCUCAGGAUAGACUUGAAAAAGCUGAUUGGGAUGUGGAGAAAGUUGUGAUGGAUCUUUACCAUGACAAGGGCAGUUACAUUUUGUGA